AUGAUUUCUUCCGCAACAGCUGAGCCUGUCGAGAUCAACAAAGCGCCAAGUAAUAACGUUCCUGAUACACAUAGUAGAAUUAGCAAUAUAAACCGACUUGCUUCUCCUCCACAGGGACAAAAUAUUCAAUUAUCGAAAUCUCAACCUAGCAUUCAAAAUAAGCUUGGUUCUUCACCUAAUACUAAGCUUCAUUUGAACGCCUCUGGUGGUUUCGGAAGGUCCUUUGGAUCUUUGGAACCUAAUUUAGAGGCUAUUCCCAUUGACAUCCCUGACGAAAGAAAGGUAGAAAUAAUCAGAAAGCACCUCGUUACCGAAGAAGAUUUCGCUCGUAGCGCUGAGAAUGGUGGUACUUCUACGGAUCCACUUGCUCUCUAUUCAACAUCUCAUCACAAGUUACGUGGAUUAGAUGCAACACACGAGGUUUAUAAAUGGCAUAACAGUAUAGAAAUUGAGCCUAUGAGACGUACUCGUUCUCGUUCUUUAUAUAUACCACGACCAACUGAUCCAGAUAUAUCUAAUAUCAGGGAACCAGGCGGAUUUCGUCGUCAUCAUCUCAUGAUGAAAGCAAGGCAGGAAGGCAAAGAGCUACCUAACAUUAUAACCCGGAACUUUAUCGAUUUUCUUGCAAUGUACGGUCAUUUUGCCGAAUUGUCUCCGUUAAUUCCAAGAGAACGAGGAAUUUCUUCCACUCACGCCACUGCGUCGCCUUCAAAAGCCGUAUUUUUACUUUUAAAAUCGUUUGUUGGCACUGGUGUUAUGUUUUUACCGAAGGCGUUCCUUAAUGGUGGCAUGCUUUUCUCAACGUUAGUCUUGAUGGGAAUCGCUGGAAUAUCAUUAUUCGCAUUUUUAUUACUUGUUCAAACACGGUUUUAUGUCCCAUAUAGUUUUGGUGAUAUUGGUGGUGUAUUGUAUGGUCGAUGGAUGAGAUUUGCUGUUCUAUUUUCAAUAACAAUUUCUCAGAUCGGAUUCGUUUGCGCCUACAUGAUCUUUGUUGCCGAAAAUCUCUCUGAGGUUACUGGAUAUUUUAUGAACAUUAAAAAUAGAGAUAUAUCUUGGUUUAUUGUGGGACAAUUGUUUAUUUUCGCACCGCUCGCCAUGAUUCGUCGUAUAUCCAGAUUGUCGUUUACGGCAUUGAUUGCAGAUGCAUUUAUUAUGUUUGGACUAUUGUACUUAUAUUAUUAUGAUAUUUAUCGAUUAUCGACAAAAGGCGUCGGUGACAUCAUAACAUUUAAUCCAAGGGAUUUCGCUUUGUUUAUUGGCACAGCUGUUUUCACUUUUGAGGGGAUUGGUCUAAUCAUUCCAAUAACCGAAUCUAUGAAAGAACCCGAAAAAUUUCCCAAAGUUUUAAUUGGUGUUAUGAUCUUCGUUACUUUCAUUUUUACUUCAAUUGGUGUUCUAUCUUAUGCCGCUUUCGGUAGUGAGGUGAAGACUGUAGUUAUUCUAAAUUUACCUUCCAAUGAUCCCAUUGUUCGAAUUGUUCAAUUGCUUUAUGCUUUGGCUAUUCUCCUUUCUGUACCUUUACAAUUAUUUCCGGCCAUAAGGAUUAUGGAACAAGGUAUAUUUGAAAGAAGCGGCAAAGAUAACGUUUUGGUUAAAUGGCAAAAGAAUUUGUUUCGAUUUUUAACCGUAGUGGUUUGUGGAAUAAUUGCAUGGGGAGGCGCAUCCGAUUUAGACAAAUUUGUUUCAUUAAUUGGAUCAUUUGCAUGUGUACCUUUAUGUUUCCUUUAUCCGCCCCUUUUCCAUUUCAAAGCAGCUGCACACACUAUAAGUGCAAAAUUACUCGACGUGGUUGUAUUUUUAUUUGGACUCUUUUCACUGGUUUACACUACUUAUGUAACUCUAUAUAGAUGGAGUGAAAAAUCAUAG